CAUCUUUAAAACCAUAUCUAAACUACAGGGACCAAAGUUGUCAAAACCAAACCUUUUAAACCCCAUCUUCUUCUUCGUUUAUAAUAAAACGGCUACAGGGACCAAAGUUGCAGGUUUUCCGGCAACAUUUUCCGGCUAACCACACAGCCAUUUCCAGCACAAUCGUCUCCUUCCGGCACAAUUUCCAGGUGUCUCCAUCUGAUUGGAUGCUGAAAUGGGUGUAUAGCGUUUUAAAUAAAACGCCAAACUCAUUUUUUUUCAAAAAAAAAGGCCCCAAAACGCCUAGCGUAGUGGGGGGCCGGGCGUUUUCCGGCGUUUUCGGGCGGUAUCAUGGGGGAACACGCCCCAGUACGCUUGGUCUAAGUACUUUUAGUUAAUAAAAAAACUUUAACUAAACCUAAUAGAAAUUUAAUAAUUUGAAGUAAUUAGUGGAUUUUAGAAUUUUGAUUUCUUAAUGAAGUUAUUCUGUUUCUUACAUCAGCAACUUUCAUAUAUGAUUAUUUUAUAUAAUUUGUAUGGUAGCAACCAUCUGAUUGACUUGAUUCUCAUGCUGAUAGCACCCCUUCUUAAAACAACACCUUCUCCAAAUCCAAAUCCAAAUUUCAAACCAAAAAACAAUGAGACUCCUCUUAUUUUUCUUCAUAUUGCACCUUCACAACUUCUUCCAAAUUUCAUCACCACAAACUCUACCUAAAAACACCACUGGCUAUACUUGCAAUCUCAACCAAACCGCAUCUUCUUGCCAAACCUAUGCCUUUUUUCAACCCAUGGGUCCGAACCAACUCGACUUAGCCUCAAUAAGCGAUCUCUUCUCCGUGAGCCGUGCAAUGAUCGCCAAACCGAGCAACAUAACAUCUCUAACUUCACCUCUUGUCCCUAACCAACAACUCUUCAUUCCCCUCACUUGCACUUGCAACUCGGUCCAUACCACCACAACCCUCUCUUAUGCUAAACUCAACUACACAAUCAAGAAAGGUGACACUUUCUAUUUUGUAUCUACAAACCUCUUUCACAACCUCACAACAUACCAAUCUGUGGAAACUGUCAAUCCUAACCUUGUCCCUAUAAACCUCACCAUAGGUCAAGAUGUGAUCUUUCCAAUCUUUUGCAAGUGCCCAACAAAAACCCAAGUUCAAAAUCAAGUGAAUUAUCUCAUUUCAUAUGUUUUUCAACCAUUCGACUCCGUAUCUUCCAUUGCUUCAAGGUUUGGUUCAACCACAACUUUGAUUGUUGAAGUAAACGGCGAUGAUAUCCGCACUUGGGACACUGUUUUCGUGCCGGUUUCGCGGCUUCCUGAGCUCACACAGCCUUCUCCCACUAGUGUUUCAUUUGAUCAUAUGAGUGAUAGAAGAGGGGAAGUUAUUGGAUUGGAGAUUGUACUUGGAGUUUGUGGAGUUCUCUUGAUUUUGAUUGGUGGGUUAUGGACAUAUAGAGAAUCUUUAUGGAGGAAGAAGUUAGGAAAGAAUAAAGUUGAUCCAGAAAGCAAGAAGUUUGAAGUGGGAGUUAGUCUUAUGGCUGAUGUUUCAGAUUGUUUGGAUAAAUAUAAAGUUUAUAAGUUUGAAGAGUUGCAUGAAGCAACACAUGGGUUUGAUGAAAGAUGGGUGAUCAAAGGGUCUGUUUUUAAGGGUUAUAUUGAUGGGAAGUGGUAUGCAAUCAAGAAAAUGAAGUGGAAUGCUUGUGAAGAACUCAAGAUCUUGCAAAAGGUAAACCAUGGCAAUUUAGUGAUGCUGGAAGGAUUUUGUAUAGAUACCGAUGAUUCAAAUUGUUAUCUAGUUUACGAGUAUCUUGAAAAUGGAUCUCUUUAUACAAGGCUGCAUGAUAGCAAGAAAGAGAGGUUAAGUUGGAGAAGGAGACUAAGAAUCGCAGUUGAUAUAGCUAAUGGUCUUCAGUACAUUCACGAACACACAAUACCACGAGUCGUGCAUAAAGAUGUCAAGAGUAGCAAUAUUCUCUUGGAUGCACAAAUGAGAGCCAAGAUUGCCAAUUUUGGGCUAGCUAAAUCGGGAUGCAACGCUAUGACUAGACAUAUUGUGGGAACUCAAGGAUAUGUUGCUCCCGAGUACUUAUCUGAUGGAAUUGUAUCUACUAAGAUGGACGUUUUCUCAUUUGGGGUCAUUUUACUUGAGCUCAUUUCUGGGAGGGAAGCCAUCAAUGACCAGGGGAAGGCGUUAUGGGUAGAAGUCUAUGAAAAUUUCAAUGGAAAUGAGGAAAAACUAAAACCUAAGGUAAAAGCUUUCAUCGAUGAUGCUAUUUUGAGGGAAUCAUGCUCCAUCGAUAGUGUUAUGAAUGUCAUGUCAAUUGCGAUCGCUAGUUUACAUAGGGAUCCUUCAAGGAGACCUAGUAUGGUGGAUAUUGUGUAUGCAUUGUGUAAAAGUGAUGACUUGUUCACGGAUCUCUCUGAGGUUGGCCUUUCACAACACCAAGUUCUCGCAAGAUAGGUCUACUUUGGUGAUUUAUAAGCAUUGGAUGCUUGUAAACACAAUACCGUUGUUUUCAGAUCGUCACACCUUUGUAAUCAUGUACGAUAUAUAUUCUAGUGAUAUUUUCGAGCCUUACGUCA